CGUAACGGUCUGUUCUGCCUGGAAACAGCAGCAGAUGAGAAAGAAAACCACGUGUACACCAAGGCACUGAUGGCGUACGCCUUCGCCCUGGCAGGGAAGGAGGAGAAGCGGAAGGCAUUGCUCGGCUCACUUGAAAAGGAAGCUGUGAAAAAGGAUGGGUCUGUUCAUUGGCAGCGGCCUGGGAAAGAGCCAGAGGUUGAUCUCCCGUACUAUCGCUACCGAGCUCCCUCUGCUGAAGUGGAGAUGACGGCCUACGUGCUCCUUGCUCACCUCACCACGCAGCCGGCACCUUCCCAGGAGGAGCUGUCAUUUGCAUCUCUUAUUGCAAAGUGGAUCAGCGGUCAGCAGAAUCCCAAUGGAGGCUUCUCCUCCACCCAGGACACAGUGGUGGCUCUCCAAGCCCUGUCCCUGUACGGAGCUGUCACCUAUGCCAAGAGCGGAGCAGCCUCCAAAGUGACCCUGCGAUCUGGAGGGGACUUCCAGCAAGACUUCCAGGUGGAUCCCACAAACCGGCUGCUGCUCCAGCGCGUGCCCCUGCCCCAGGUGCCAGGGGAGUACAGCACGGAGGUGUCUGGUGAAGGGUGCGUCUACCUGCAGACAAGCCUGAGGUACAACGUGCAGCCCACGCAGGAGGAUGCGCCCUUCAUGCUCCAUGUGUACACGAUCCCAGAGACAUGUGAGGGCUCCAAGGCUCACAAGGUCUUUGACAUAGGCAUAAAUGUCAGUUACACUGGGGAGCGCAAUGGCUCCAACAUGGUGAUUGUUGAUGUGAAGAUGCUGUCGGGAUUCAUCCCCGUGAAGUCCUCCGUGAGGAAGUUCUUCCACCCCUCCGCUGUGGAGGAGGGGUGA